GCGCACGAAGCAAGCAGCGUCACGUUGUAGUCUGCCGUCAUGUGGACUUCGUCACUACAAACUACAAACGCUUCAGAGUCGAAUCUCAAAUGAUGCUUCGAUUACAAGAGAACCAAGCCAACUAAUCUAGGCCUGAAGAACAUCCGGAGGGCGUGAUAGCAUGACCUUCUGUAGUUUCUCAAGAGCUUACUGUGCUUAUUACCCAUGUGUGCGCUCCGUGUCUUUACCCCGUGUCACAAGCGGUCACAGGAUGAGCGACCCUGCGACUAUGUUGACGUAAUCUUGAAGUACCGCUUGUAGCGUUUUAGCGCGAUCGUACACAGUUAACUGAUAUCGCCAAUUGGGCAGUGCGCACUAUCACAUAAUGUAACUGCACUGGAUGGCGUACAGAUGACAAAGCGCUGCUCCUAUCGCAUGCGACUGAGUACGUGAGCCAGCAUUUAUAAGCGCAUUUGGAGCAUUGGAUGGACAACAACUACAGGCUCACAAAUCUCUUUUGCGCAUCAAGCAAGAGAGACUCUCGACUGAAACACUUGCGUGGUGUACGAUGCGUUUGGGUCCGUAUAUGACUGCAUGCACCACGAUGACGCAUUCCAGUUGUACAUUCCUGCUUCCGACUUCCACAUUCCUACAUUUCUAGUCACCACUACACGUGUAUGUUUUGAAUCAACACUGUGAAGCUGUACCGGGGACCACUUUUACAAGGUUGCACUAAGAAACCAAAAUGGGGCUUCCAAUCACUGUUGAGCCCAUACUUUUCCUCUUUUUCGUCUGCCUGAACCUGGAAAUCAGCGCACUCCAAGAUUUGAUCAGCACUAAAUUGUGUUUUGAGAUCCUCAACACAAGCAAUAUUUCUCUCUGCCACUCUGCCCCCGACCAAGUACUUUCGGAAAUCAAGUCCUCUGCGUCGGUGUGGCUCAUGUACUACAAUGGCACACUGUGCUUACUCUGCCUUAUUUGUGGAUUCUGGGUCGGCUCGUGGAACGACAGGUUCGGACGGAAGCGGCCCAUGUUGCUGCCUCCAGUUGCUGCCAUUUUUAGCACAAUCAACUUCAUUCUCGUUUCACACUUCCUCGAAAGCCACGUUGGAUUUGUACUAAUAAGCUCUGUGAUCAUUGGCAUUUCCACCGGGACUUUGGGAAUCUUCUCGAGCUGCUUCGGCUACAUAGCAGACGUGACUGGGCUCGCGUCUCGUAGCCGACGUAUAGCCAUUCUGGAAGCCAUGGUGUUUACUGGCGGAGCAUGUGGAAUGUACAUUGCUGGCGUGAUGCUGAAGAAGACAAGCUACGAGGCUGUGUUUGGUCUGGAGCUGGGACUUCAUGUUCUUACAGUGUUCUACAUUCUGCUCUUUGUCACGGACAGAAACAGAGCUGACCUCGCGCUGCCCGACAAUGAACCGAGAAGUGUGUUCAGCCUUUCGCAUGUGGCUGACAUGGUCAAAACAGUGUUUCAGAGCAGAGAGAACGGUCACCGUACUCACGUUAUUUUGCUUUUUGCGUCAACAUUCGUGAUGUAUUUUGGGCUAUCAGCCCAAAUCUACCUGACGUAUACGUACCUGACUGACGAACCUCUCCGUUGGAAUGCUAGUCAGUACAGCUUUCUGCACGGGGUCACCAUAGCUGUGGAGGGGUCAGCCCUUCUUGUGUUGCUUCCCCUUGCUUUCCGUUUUCUCGGAAUAUCUGAUGCGUUUGCCGGCCUUCUGGGUGCAGCUUCUCGAUGCGCUGGGCUGCUGUGGCUAGGGCUGUCGACGACCACAGUCAUGGCGUUUUGUUCACCCAUGUUCUUCACAUUUUCGGAAUUUGGAGUUCCAGCAACUCGGGCUAUUUUGUCCAAAAUUGUCGGCACAGACGAGAAAGGGAAAGCCUUUGCUGCCAUGGGUUCUCUUCAGUCAGUAGCAAUGAUUGCUGGAGCAGCUGCUUUCAAUGGCCUGUAUCCAGUGACAUCCAAGUUCUUCAAAGGCUUCGGAUUUGAGCUGGCAGGUGCACUGCAGCUGAUGCCGGUGGCCGUAUUCAUAUACCUCUGCAUCAAGCUAAGGUACAUGGCACCGUCACCUUAUGCAGCCAUCGGGAGUGGCGGCGGCACAGAUCGAGCUCUUCAGGCAGUAUGACAGCCUUCAUCGACCACUGGCCACUCUUAGACGACUUACCUUUUGUUGAUUCAACCCUUGACCUCUUGCAGUUUGUAUGAGCAACGUUUCAAACAUUCUGUUGGCAGACAAGUUCACAUUUAGCAUGGAUCGUUUUUUAUGCAGAUGAGAUAGUUUAGUUUGGAGAGAUAGUGGAUAUUUGAGUUGUUUCCACUUUUCAUAUACCAUUCCCUUACAUGUCGUGUGUCAAACAUAUCAUGUAUUUCUUCUUGGCUAGGUGAUGAAUAUUUUGUUUUUCAUGAAAGUGUUUCUAUCGUUACACAAUCACGAUAUAUCCUGCGUGUGCAAUUUGUGCCUUGCUUAGUGCAUGAAAUGGUGAACAUAGAGCAUACUUUGAAAACUUUGAGGUUUCUGAGGUAUCUAUUGGGGUGACAAUAUUGUUUUCCCCGGAUAAAUAUUCACGAUAAAUAAAUGUACAGUUGAACCUCUAUAUAACGAAUUUGUAAAUGCUGGCUCUUUGUUUCGUUAAAUCGAGAUAUUCGUUAAAUGGAACACACCAAGUUAAACAAAGAUGGCCGCCGCACUACCAGCGCCGCGCGUACCGCAAAACGUCAUUUGUCAUAAAACAGGUACUAAGGUAAGAAGGGCACAAAAUAUCAAGCUUUAUUCAUUACAUAACGCUAGGUAAUGCGUAAUUUGUGCACAAUAUCGUUCUGAGCAUUCAUAACCUUCGUAACUCCGGAUGACCUCGACUGCUUUCUCCUACGCGAUCGCGUAUUGAAGUUUCUUGGUUGGUUCACUUGCACUCAUGACGUCCGGAAAGAACAACCGUACACCGCCGAAAAGAACGAGAAACGGGUACAUGUCACGUAAACGUCUGCGCCGAUGGAACCUUGAACGGCAGCGGCAUCAUGCCCAUUUUACCACCGUCAGCAUCAGCGGCGCGAACAAAAACAAGUAAUGAAAAGGCACAAAACCGCAACGUACUGUCGUCUUCAUCAACACAAGCAAAUUAGACUUCGCGAGAUGUCAGCAAUGCGUGUUUUCUUGUCCGAAAACAGGUGCGAAGAGACCCUCGCGCCGGUUUCGAAACAGCGUCGGCGCAACGAUUACCGGCGGCGGAGACGCACAUGUCGGCACGCUCGUGCCUACAGCACGUGACAACCGAAGUAACCAACGAAAACUCGCGUAAGGACAACAGAGAGGGAAGGUUUCUGCUCCUUUUCUUUGUGGUGAAGGGGAAAGACACGCGCAGAAGAGCCCAGAGAUUUCGUUAAAUAGAGGUGACCAAACGAAUGUAUUUCGUUAAAUCGAAUGCAAAAAUACAUUGGCGUCUAUAGGGAUGCGUUCGUGCAACGGAAAUUUUUCGUUAAACAGAGGAUUUCGUUAAAUCGACGUUCGUUAUUGAGAGGUUCAACUGUAUGUGAUUUUUACAGAACUUACACGCUGUACACGUGGUAUAUGCUAGAUGACAAUGAGAUUGAUAUUGUUAUAGAAAUGCAGAAGAGCAUAUGCACAAGUGAUCGGAACUGUGGCGUUAGUAGUUCAAGUCUGGGCUCUGGUUCCAGGAUAUUGGUUUGGGUUAGGCCCUGCUGAGGAACACGAAAAAUAAUGCGUUCAAAUUGGUUCAAACUGGUUUGAUAUCUGCUCAGCAAAACAAUUUUGAGGCAGUUGACAAGGAGCAAACCUGGUUUCUGAUGUGUUGAGUACACAAAAAGUGAAUUCUUGGUUACCUAUGAGUUAUCUGGCCAUGGUUUGCAACUAUUAAUUGGUUCACAGUAUUCGACGAACUAGUCCAGCAGUGAAACUGUCGCUGUGUUAUGGAGAAUGACAGCAUGCAUGUGCCAGCCAGUUUCGUGACUUAUGACAUUCCAAAUGGUGAACUGGUGCACAGCGUUCAUGUGGGAGGCUGACUAUUAUCCUUGUAGAUUGAAAUUAAGUUAUAGAAAUAAUCAAAACUGUGUUUAUGAAACAUAUCACAUGUUGUUUCUGAUUUUUUUUGUGCCACAAAGAUGUUGAGCAUUAUUGCUUGUCAUGUAUAAGGGUAGUGCCUUCUGUAAACAGGGUGUUCAAAAUUAAGCUUUCACUAGCACUUUAUAAAUAGGCGAACGAAAGAAAACUGGCUGCUAUUUUUCUGUUCCUUGAGUAAGAAACAGGUGCUACAUAAUUAGCAGCACCUGUUUCUUACACAAGUAGUGUAAAGUUGUCAUCCGGUUUCCUGUCAUCGCUGUGUUUGCGUAGCGCUCGUGAAAGCUUAAUUUUGAACACCCUGUAUGUAGCUGAUGUUUGCCUAUGAGUGGUAUGUACCAUAACAUGGUGUAUACUUUCUAAAAUGGUUGAAUAUGAAUUCAGUUAUUUAAUCGAUUGAUAAAUGGAAAGAUAUUAACUAGUGCAGCCCCAAUAACAUGCAGCCCUUGUGUGCUGAUAUGUUACAAUUUUAUAUAAUAGCUGUAGCAUAAAAGUAACCAAAGGAACAUGUCAGCGCCUGUGUUUGUCUGAUCCUUCUUGUCCUUGUUGUUGCGCUGUAUCGUUUUGACAAAGGAACAUGUUUUGUUUAGCAUCAUUUUGUAGAUUAAUGUGCUCUCAUACUAUAUGUUGCUCUGAAGCAAAGGAAUGAACAUUAUGCUGUCUCAGAGCAGAAGUCAUUGAUAUAUUGCUUAAAAAUUGCAGCAGGUUCCUGGCUGCACCAGUCUUUUUAAAAGAUGUGUAGAUUGUGAGAGAAAUGAAACUAAAAUUUUGUUGACAAAGUCUUUUCUCUCGAGAAAUGGAAAUUUCAGCGAUCUGAUGAAGGUAGGUUAAAGCAACAGCUUGAAUUCAGAUGUCUGAUAUUUCAAACAGUG